AUGGCAGCAAGUUCUUCAACCCGAUACACGCGAUUGAAAACUGACGAUGAUGAGCCUACGAGCAGUGCUUUCGAAGAGAUAAUCAUGAAGCAGGAGCAAAUCAUACGCGACCAAGAUGAGGACCUGGUUCUCGUAGGCAAAUCUGUAAACACCCUCAAGCACAUGAGUUACAAAAUUGGCGACGAGCUUGACCAACAGGCAGUGUGUGUAAUGUUGGAUUUUUCUUGCAUGUCACUUCUAUGA